CGGCGACGGACUUGUAUACACGAUAAUCGAAAACCUAUAUCCAAUAUCUUGUUCAAUUUGCAUUAUCCAAAAGAUGACUAAUUCCUUGGUGUUUUUAGCCCUUGUGGCCUGCCUCUGGCUAAGUCUUUUUGGCCAACUCCAAGCUGCCUCUAUUGUCUGCGGUGGUGAGGCCAAGGCUUUGGAUGGUGGUGACCUGGAGACACUGACCACCACUCCAAGUCCCAGUGAGGUAAACAAAUUUGUGCAUAGUUUGCAAUGUACACUGGAGAAGGCCAAACCCUGGAUAGCCAACAUUGAGAAGGAGGCCAAAAUACUAGAGGAAAAAGCUCGGGAUGUGACUAGAUCGUUGUUCCAACGUUUCAAUAUGCUGGUCACUGUGCUCACUCUGCCAGCCAACUCACACACCGAAAAGGAUAAGAUCAAGGAUCCCGAGGAAGUGUCCUCCAGCACCAGCACUAUCAUCGAGACAGAGCAACCUUCAAGUUCUAUUAAAAAUGAUCUUAAAGAAGAAAUGACCACCUCUUCGCCUCCCAUUAAUAUGGAUUGGAUGGAGGAUCAUGAUAAUGAAGUAGUGUAAAUUUGGUAGUUAAAUACAUAUAUUAACAAAAUAUUUAUAUAAACUAAAUAAAACUGCUAGCCCUGGGGCAAAGCCUUUCCUAUUUAUUUUUA